UGAUACUUUGAUUUUUUUAAUCUCAGACGUGAUGCCCCGUAACCUAUAGCCAGUAAAUGAAAUUGUGUGAUUAAAUUUGUCUGUAUUUCUAGCAUUUAUUUCAUAUUGAUGCGAGGAAGACGCUGCUGUAAGAUCUCAAGAACAGGAAGCACUGACAUUUCGCUUAUUGGUCCGGAUAACAAUCAAAAUGUAUAACUGGAGGCCUUGAUCAAGAUGAGAAUCUGAAUUAGAGCAGUUACUCAUCACUGAAAGAAGCAACGAUGGGUACCAGAGCAGCUGCUUUCACGGCAAAGAUAAAGAACCUGCAGGACUACUACCUUCGCCUGCUGCACGGCAUACCGCUGCCGUCCGAGCUCGACAUAGCAUGCACGCUCAAGUACUUCUCCCUCACCCUCAUGGGUGUGCUGAAGGACGUUCCGGAGGCUCCGCUGGAGAUGCUCCGGCGUCCGGACCAGGACAGCACUCGGCUGGCGCUGUACCCCAGCCUGGACUACACGGGCCUGUACCGCGCCCUCGUCCAGCUUUUCGACAUAGUGCCGCUGCUCCAGUACGGCGUGCAUGGUUUUGGCCAGUCGCUGCUGCACACCAUGUCGUGUCUGGUGCCGUUCCUUGAGCACUCGCUGAUCGACUCGCUGCCCUACCUGGUGGCCUCCAGCCUGGCCACCUUCCCCGUGUCGCUGCACCGGGACAUCGUCAACACCCUGUGUCACUACCUGCUGCCGUUCACACUCAGCCCCGACGUGGAGAACUACACGUCCAGCUCGGUGACUGCCAUCGUUAUGGUGGUGUUCCAGUACACUGACCAAACCGCGCUGCACUGUCAGCUGCUGGAGACGGUGAUGUCGCGCCGGCGGAUGGUGAUCCGUGACCUGUUCUGUAUCAUUGCACACGGCACGGUGAGCGCCCGACUGCCGGCCGCCCACCUGCUCUUCCACUACUGGCCGGCGCUGAACCCCACCUCGGCAGACCGACGCAACAACCUGCUGAAAUUCACAGGUCUCGAUGUCGAGGAUAUCGGCUGGGAACCACAUCAGUGUGAGAGAGACAACUGUCCCUCAAACGAGAAUAACGAGGCGAUUCAACUGUGCCUGGACCACAACGUGGCCGUGCUUCAGGGAUCUGAGUAUCCACCGCCGCUCUACCUCUGCCAGCACUGCUCCCAGGACAUCCGGGCGUCCAACUCACAGAUUAGUAUGUUCGAGAUCCUGCUGCCCAUGCAGCACAUGUCCACCACGUGCGAGAAUAAGAACUGCCGCUCCAGCGACAAGCUGGCCAUGUGCACGUGCUUCGCCAUCGAGUGUGCCUCCUACAACGGCAACCGGCCGAUCCGCUACUGCGCCCAGUGUGACAGCAUUCGGCACAACAACCGGCGCGGAGGCGACCACGUGGUGCAGUACCGGAUCGGAUCGCCGUGGAAAAUGGCGCCUGACGUGUCCCGAUAUAUGGUGGAGGCCGUGGUCAGUCUGCUGAAGGAGGCCCAGCCGCUGGCUGACAGCCGCCGCAGCCGGGAGCAGGAGCGUCACACGCGGGCUGGCCUCCUGGACGACGCCCAGCAGGAGGGUCCCUCACUCGAGGAGCGUCGCUCUCUCUCCCGGUACGGUGUGUGGCUGCUGGUAAACCUCUGCACCCCCGACCGGACCACCUCGGAGCAGACGCUGGCCAGACUGCUGGCCGCGCUCUUCAACUGGUUCGAGGCGACCGCCUACCUCGGUGACGACCAGACUGGCGGCGCGCUGGAGCUGCUCAAGUCGGAGUACAUCCACAGCUGGCUGCAGGCCAUCCUGGCCGACCACUUCAAAACGUUCGCCUCGUGUCUGCUGCCGCGGCCGCCAGAGUACGCCAGAGUCGGCGGCCACUGGGACGGUCUGGUAUCGAAGACGCAGCACAUCCAGGAGGGCUUCCACCGCCUGUUCUGCCUGGUUCCGUACGACAUCAUCAGCGCUGAGCUGUGGAACCACAUCAUGCCCAACUGGAUGGAGGCCAUCCUGCAGGACGUGCCCGAGGACGAGCUGCCAGAACUGAAAAUCAUACUCAGUAAGCUGCUGGACCCGGACAUGUCUCCUCUGGGCUUUGACUCCGAUCAGAUGUACCAGUUCGUGUCGGUACGGUUCCACUCCACGGCGCCACGGGUCCAGGAGCAGGCCCUCACCUGGCUGCAGGUUCUCUCGAUGGUCAACAUCGCCAUCCCACUGCCGAUUCUGCACAAGAUGCUGCGGACCGGCGUCAGGUGCUUGCAGGCCUCCAAGGACGGCGCCGGGUCCAGGAAAGUCAGCUCCAUCAGGUCACAGGUCAACAGCGAUCUAGGCCCGGUGGUGCAGAGUGAGUCUCGCGCGGCCUCGCCUCUCUCUGGUGAGGACUGUAUGCCGGAGGAGGAGGUGCCGGUGAACACGGUGGAUACUGCCGACCUCGUGGUGCCUUGCUACCUCCUCAUGCUCGAUGUGCUCCUCAAACAGAUGGAGAUCCAGGACGUGCCGCAGAGCCAGGGCCUGCUGGGCGGCCAGUCGCAGCAGGCCGUCAUCCUGCUGAAGGCCAUGCUGUCCUCGCCCACCGAGGGCAAACACACCUGCGACCCGGAGGAUACACCCACACUGGAGACAUACCGGGAGAACAGUAAGGACGAGCCGAUACGCGUGGAGCAGUGCGACGCCUGCGAGGCGCUCCUGGAGCUCUACCAGCUGGCCGGGGAGCUGCUCGGCUACAUCUGUCCUCAGGAGACCGUCAAAUCCGUGGAGAUCAGUGAGGAGGUGGUGGAGACGGGCCUGGAUUCCCCGGCGCCCGUCCACGCUGAUGAGCCGCCCGCACACGGACAGGAGAAGCCGGUGGCGCCCGUCCAGGAGCACGUCAUCUCGAUGGACGGGCUGCAGCAACAUGUCAUACAGCCGUCACAGGUCAUGAUGGCCACAGAGGAAGUGACUGAAAUGGACGUGGCCGCCAGCAUCCCCGCCGAGCGCGUGGUGCGCGCCGUCGCCAAGGCCGUCACCAUAUCAGAGGAUGACAUCGCGGUUGCCAAGGUAAAGGUGUGCGCCGCCCGGCUGGUGGGCGAAAACGACCAGCCCGUGCUGGUACCCACCAUCGAGGAGGGCGACAACUUCUGGACCACCUCGCACGGCCGGUUCCGCUUCACCGUGGACGAGCUACCGCCCGAGCUGCAGCUGCUCUACGGACUCCUGAACCGUAUGAAGGAGAGUGACGACCAGGACGUCACCUCGCACCUGCUGGCCUGUCUGCGACUGCUGGUGCUGCACGCUGACUGUCUGCAGCGGGCGGCCAGGGACCACCGCGGCUUCCACAUCUGGUGUCAGGAGAACCUCGUCAUCAAACAACUGUGGGACCUGCUACUGGCCGAGUACUCCCAGAUCCCGGAGAUAGCCGUGCCCGUGCUGCUCCAUGCCAUCACACUGCCCUGCGGUGCAGAUGUGUUCUGGCAGAUCGUCGGCAACGAGUUCCAGAGCGACGACUGGAAGGUCCGCUUCACCGCCGUGGAGCGCGCCACGGUACUGGCCCGGUUUCUGGAGCCGUCCGUGGUACGCCGCAGCGGCCCGGCGCUGCAGCCGUCCCUGGCUCACGUCUUCUCGUACCUUAUACACGCCGUGGACGACCUGUCGGCGGCCGUGGCGCAGAAGGUGCAGCUCUACAUGGAGACCAUCCCCGACGGAGGCAUACGGACGAUCUGUAUGUGCCUGGAGGCGCAGUUUGACACGGUGAUCGUGGACCGGCCGCUGGUGCUGAAGACGGUGCUGCAGCUCUUCAACCUGCUGCCGACGCGCGGCAUUCUCUCCUGGGAGUUCUUCAACAGUCGCUUCGACUGUCUGGUGCUGGAGACACAGAUACGGCUGGAGCGACACGGGGACAUUCCCAUCACUAAAGACCUGAAGGCGGACGGCGCCGCCAGCGAGGCGUACAUCCGCCGGCUGACGCGGGCGCACGAGGCGCUCACCGCGGCCGCCUCAGGGCCCGGCCAUCGGCGCACGCUCAACUCUAGCAUCGGCGCCAAGUGGCCGUAUAAGCGGGCCAUGUCUGCGCCGGCGGUCGUACCGCGGCCAGAUAAAAACGGUACGACGGCACCCAGAGUCGUAGACGACAUUUUGAAGCACACCUAUCCGCGCCAGGCCUCGGCCCCGGCACUGAACAGAAAGGCGUCUCGUUUCGGCAUUUCGCAGAUGAAUCAUGCGCCGGAGAACAGCAAGUCGUCGGCGCCGGCGGCAGGCGCCUGGGACUCGCUGCCCCUCGUCUACCGCAACAUGGACAGCGACCAGGGGGACAGGGAGACCACCCACCUGCUGGUCGACCUGCUGAUGAAGUUCAUGGCGCGGCCCGACCAGGCGCCACCCGGUGACGACAAGCAGCAGUGCCGCAGCCAACAGAUGGCCCUCCGUCACCUGGCCAUGAGCCUUGGGUUUAACCAGACCGACAAGACCUUCUUCAUGUCGCCGGCGCGGCUUAGAUCGAAGGCGUCGUUCAACGCGUUCCUGUCUCAGCUGACGCACGUGCUCGACUACAACUUCCCGCUGGGCGGCGCUCUGGUACCGCUCUGUCUGCCCAUCCUUCUGUACGCGGCGGCACCGUCCCGGCAGGCGGCCGUGGCGCCCGGUCGGCCCAGCUACAGCCUCUGGCACCUGGAGGAGCGCCAGAGACACGACUGGCUCGCCGCCCUGCUCACCAUUCUGUACAAGCCUCCGCGUCCGCUUUUGGUCGCCACGUUGUCGCCCGCCUGUGCUAAUUACGUGUCGUUACAUGUUGUUUUUCCGCUUGCGACCGCUCCGACUGUCCACGCCGCCACUUCUGUCGCCGCCGUUCUGGAAUGCUCCAACCUCGGCUGCUACCGCUACCACGGCUGUGCUGCCGCUGCUGCAAUUACUGCUACCCCGACCGCUGCUACUGCUUCAACUGCUACUGCUUCCCCGGCUGCCGCUGGCCUACCUACCCCAUCGUCUGCUGCCACCGCACCAUCGGACAAUGGGUGUACAUCGCUUCUGCAUCGCACGUCGUCGUCUUGGCUCCGCUUUUCUCUCCGCCGCCACCAUAAUCGUCGCCUCCGCCAUCUUUUCGGCGUUGCGGCACACCAACAGAAGGCUCGCUGCUCGGACUCGUUACAGUACCAGUACGGCGACCCGGGACUCAGCGUGCCUCUGCUGGCGCUCUGUCAGAUAGUGCUCAACACGCUACACCUCUGCCGACCGCCGGCUGAGACGCCGGCCGCCGCCGCAGCCGCCGCCGCCCCGCUCAGCAGAAUAGGCUCCCUGCAGCCGAGCGGCGUCGGUGGCUCGCCUCCCGGCCCCGCUGAACAGACCCCACCGGUGACCCCUCGACCGACACUGGCUCCUGAGCUGGUGCCGCAGCCGCCGCCGCCUCCCUCGGCGCCCGGACCACCGUCCUUCAGUGUCGGUGGGGAGGACUGGCGCCGCGGCCGACCCGACCCGACCGCCUGUUACGGCAGCGAAGAUAACGACAUUGAGCCUGAGCUGGAGGCCAUUCCAGAGUCUCCCAAGACGCCCUCGUCACAUCAGAGCUUCUGUGACUCCUUGGUCGAGCUGGACGCACUGGAGGAGAUGACGCCCGUGCAGGCGGUGCAGCCCGUCCAGGUGGACAGCUGCCCCUUCACCGGACUCGGGGUGGCCGAGAUGGCACAGUCGGUCUGUGUCACCAGCGAGCUGACGUCUCUGACGCCGGAGGUGGCCACUGUGAACUCGGACCUAGUCACCGCUUCUGUGGCCCCCUCAGAGAUGGCCACGGUGGUUCAGCCGACUGAGGUGGUCUGUCACCAGGCACAGACGGCGGAUUUCAGUGUGAUGGAGGAGACUGCCGAGCUGGAGAUGUUUCAGCCGACUGUGGUGUCCGCUGCGACCCAUCCGCCGGCCACCGCGUGUCAUCCACCUGUCGCCGCGUCCCAUCCGCCGGCAGCCACCGCCGCCGCUACCACCGCGGGCAGACAGGCCGCGCCGCCGUUCCUCCACAGCGCCUCCCUGGACGUGCAGCCGUCGCCGGCCGAGUCGUGGCAGCCUCCUCGCGCUCAGAGUCUGGCCGUGCCUCGCGCCACCGACCAGCCGGCAGUCAACGGGACAGCCUCCGGGAACGAGCGUUCGCUACUGGAGCGGCUCUCGCUGGUCUUCUCCAAACAGGAGAGCCACGCGCCCGGCUCGGCGGGACGUCUGAUGCUGCAGCUGGGAGCCGAGGGACGUCAGACGCGUGACGUCACUGGCGAGACACUGGCCAAUCAGAGCAGCGCCAGCACCGAGGAUGACGCGGCCACUCCGGGCGACGAGCCGGCCGUCCACCGGGCCUACAUCAAACAGCCCAAGGCCAAGAAGCUCGGUCUGAGCCCCGUGGAGCAGGCGGCGGCCGACAGUCGCACGGCACGAUGGGCGCGCCGAGAUAAGACUGGUGUGGCAGCCGAGGAGAAGCCCAUAACCAGCAUGAAACAGUGCAGCCUCCGCGUGGGACACGACUGCGUCCUCGAAAGGUGCCCGGACUGCGGCCAGGUCCGUGAGGACUACACGGAGGAGGAGCUGGGACUGUGCGUGGUCGUACUGGCCACCUUCGUCCACCGGGAGCCGUCCCUGGCCGCCUGCCUGCUGCCCGAUAUGCUGAGGGCUGUGUCCGGUCUGGCGGCCCGUCAGCGCUACCCGUGGCAGUCAGAGUCCAGUUACAGCCUACCCGGCUCGGUGAACAGCGUGUGCCGCCAGUUCCUGCGCUGUGUGCUCCACAGGCUGGCCGCACACAACAUGUUCUUCAAACUGUUCCAGACGGAUAUGGACGUGGACAGCACGCACGCGUUUUUCCGGACGCUGGCGCAGGCUCUGGCCGACUUUGCCGAGCUGAACACGGCUGCCCCGCUACACCAUCUACUCGAGUACCUGAACCGGCAGCGAACGGCACCGUGUCUGGACGAGAUGCCGACCAUACUCUACAACAUGUCCGUGUACCUGGAGUGCGUGCCGCUGGAGGCCGGCGGCAACCUGUACGGCCCGCUGGUAUCGCAGCUGGACGCCCUGCUGCACCGGCUGCUGCCCUGCCUGGCUGCGCUGCCUGAACUGGACUCUCUCCUGGCCAUCAUGUGCUCCGUCCUCAAAAUACCCAACGUCAACAUGUAUAAGACGAUUCUGGAGCCGUUCUCGAAGGUGGUCAGUCUGCUGGUGCAGACCCGUCCGAUCGACUACCGGCGACUGGUGGAGCUGUGCCACCUCUGCAACAGGGUCUUCAGCAGGGAGCGGGAGAAGCAGCAGCUCUCCCGGGUGGUGGUUUUCGAGCUCGUGCAGGCGCUCAAGUUCAAGUCCAACCCGCCCGACACCAACCUGCUCCUGCUGGUGCACUUUGUUGUACAGGACGCGGGCGGCACGAUGGCGCCCAGUACCGUGAUGGACAUGGUGCCCGAUCUGGGGACAGAUACCGCCGGGGCCACCGGCGCCGCCGAGUGUAUGCGACAACACCUCAACGACGCGCUGGACUUCCUGGCAGACGUGCACACACUCACGAAGAUCAAAAGUAACUGCACGGGCCCGCUGCGGGGUCUGAACGAGGACACGAUGGGCGGCGUGCUGAAGGCGGGCGUCGCCCAGUUCGUGGCACUGGAGAUCAGCCGCGGCAACAGCCGGGAGAACCGAGCCAUCAGCCGCUACCUGCCCUGGCUGUACAACCCGCCGUCGCCCGUCCAGCAGGGUCCGAAGGAGUUUAUCGACUGCGUGUCUCACAUCCGACUGUUGUCCUGGCUGCUGCUGGGCGCCAUGACGCACGCCACCGUCCUGGGACCGCAGGCCACCGUGACGUGUCAGCCGGUGCCCCUAGACGCCAGCUGCCACAUCGCCGACCACAUCCAGGUGAUUUUGGCCGGGUUCGCCGAGCAGAGCAAGGCGUCUGUGCUGCACAUGAGCUCUCUGUUCCACGCGUUCAUCCUGUGCCAGCUGUGGACCAUGUAUCUGGAGGUGGUGGCCGCCGGGCAGACGCCGCCGGCGCACGAGCAGCACGCCGCCGCGCUGGCCAUCCUGGCCGACUUCUGGUCCAAAGUGACGCCCGGCAUUCUGCAACUGGUGUCGCACUCACGCGUGCUGGGUGAGAUGGUGAACCUGCACUUCCUGAGCCUGAUGGAGGCGCUGGCCGAGUGUAACGCGUCCACGCUGGCCCGCCUUCUCCCCGUCUGGACACAGGUGUUCUACGCCUACAAUGAACAGCUGCCGGGCCACCUGAGUGUGCGCCUGCAGAGCUGCCAGUCACAGCCGGCCGGUCACAGCUGUCUGCAGCAGAGUCCGGCCGCCCAUGGCAGCUGCCAGCUGCCCACCUGCGCCUCGCAGGCGGCGGCGGCCGGCGCGGCCGGCGGCUGCCGGCAGGAGGGCGCGCCCGCGCAGCCGACGGUCCACAGUAGCCACCAGCUGCUGCUCAGCUGGAUACAGCGGCUCCAGUUUAAAAUGGGACAGAUCGAGCUGCAGUCGUCGGCGGCCGCCCAGUUCUACACCGUCUGAGCGGCCCGGCAGAGCCAGGAGAGCCGGAAUACACCGAGGCCGUGGUGUGGUAACGCGCUAUUGUAACACUUAGAAUGCCGUGGGAAACCAAUGUAAUGUGACUUUAACGUUGGAAGAGCACCGUUAAACGCAUUGGAUAAGCGUGCGAGAGCACCCUGAACACCGGGAGCUUCUGGACAUGGUGUGAUGAUUAUUUGCCGAGGUGUAACUGUGUGUAGCCGUUUACUAAACCCAUGGUGCAUGGCUCGGCCUGGCACGUCUGAAGAAAUUUUACGGGGUAUUUGUGGCUGAUUCAACUUGCCACCAAAAUCGGUGCGCAAGUACGCAAGACAUGGACCGGAACGACAUCCCCGUGAGUUAACGUUCUCAAGAUAAUCCCCAUGUCGGUGUUAGCAAUGUGUUUCAUCUCCCCUCUUCCAUCGCUUCCCCAGUGAGACCAGAAUAUGUUGUCCUAGUUAGCUUUUACCGACGUGCUGCCAAAGUGAGCGGUUUCACCUAACCCAAACCUGAGCUUAUAGUUGCCAAAUUGCCGCCAAUUACCGCUCGGGAGGUGCUAGGGCUCGCUGUGACCGGGCCGCGCGGCGCUGAGAAUGCCUAAAUCGUAGUGUCAGCGGUGGCCGGCCUGAGCUGCAGACCCUUCUCUCUGUUAAUUACAUGUCGCCGGGGAGACUGCCUAGCGGCAGGGCUGUGGUGUGCUAGCUAGGUAGGACUAGGGACUAAGCCCGUCAUGGCCACGAUCCAUCCUCGCGGCCCGGUGCGGUUGUUGGCUUGGUGUUGUCAGCUGUUGUCUGUUGUCAGCUCUUGUCACCGGUGUCGCAAAGGCUAUAGAAUGUGAUGUGCUCUAGUUGUUGCCUGUGUUGUUUUUUUUUGUGGCUUUGAAAUGCUAGUCAUGUCGUUUGACGUUAGAUGAUCAGCUGUUAUAUCACGAGAAACUAUGACAGCCAGUGUAGUAAGAAUAAACAGUGACCUGUCACC